AUGAGUCCGCGCUAUUGAAGUUGUUGUAGUAUCAGAGUGAAAAUCUACAAUAUUCAAUCAUCCUUAGAACUAGUAUCUUAUUUUCAAACUAACUCUACAAUUGAGGUUCAAUAAGGAAAAGUUUGAUCAAACUUACUUCAUCUCCACCUUCAAAGUUAACUUACAUCAUCACCAAUAACAACAACAAUACAAAGGUAACUUCGUUUUAAACCGUUACGUAUUUGAGAACACAAUUUUCUAAGAAAACAACAAAAAAUGUGUCCACUUGCCUCAGGUCGACCAACGAGAAGUCCAUCACCAGCCACUAGUAUGUUUGGUAGGGCUGGUAUCAAUUAUUCGAGUACAAGUAAUACAUCGAGUAUUCCAAUGGCAAACUAUUCAGCAGGAAGGAAAACCAUUUUGAACUCUUCUCAAGAGUUGGAGAUACCAAGGAAAAAGACCUUUACACAACCUGUGCCAACGAGGAGUGAGACACCAACAAGGAGAGGUAAAUGGGAUGGUCCUAAGGCAAAUGAUGAGAGUAAACCUCCUCCUCCAAGGUAUAUGAGAAAGAGGCCAACAUCUGCGAGUUAUGAAUCGAGGAAUGUAGUUAUCAAUCCACCAGAGGAUCAUUUAUACAAUAGAAGAAAGGUUAUUACACCAACACGAGAGAGACCAAAUAGAUCAUCAUUAGGAGAAGAUGGGUCGACUCCAGCAGCUGGUUUAAGUGGAUCUCUACAUGAGUCAGUAAGCGUGAAGAGUCUAUUGUCGUAUGAAGAUAAGACAUCGAACGAUCAUUCCGAUAAGAGAGGAAGAAGAGCAAGUCCAAUGGCCCUUAGAUCUUCCUUUGAGGGCGGAUCAUUUGCCAAUGUCAAGCCAGAAGCAUCGAAAGAUUUACUACCAACAACAAAUUAUUGGAGAGUUUUAAAUUCAAAUACAAUUGAAUUAAAACCUAGAGGAAGACCUCAAUCAGCUCAGAGAUCAGACUCUGUGGCAGGUCUCUUGAAAUGGGACUAAAAAGACAAAUUUUGGAAAUAAUUCAACAAGAAGGAGGAUUUGAAGAAGAUGAGCAUCAAGAAUUUAAGAGAUUUGUGUUUAUAAAUUAGUAAUGAUUUGAUGUUAUGUACAUAUUUCUGGUACAGUAAAAAAGCUUAGGGUAGUACAAUCGUUAGAUUUGUGUGGGAGAGAUUCGGAAGGCAAAAUUGAUGAUCAAGAUUUAAAAGUCCAAACCAUCUUCAAAUAACAAUGGAGACUUUGGAGCUCUUGAAGGAUUGGAGAAAUCAAACAAGUCAAGACCAUCUUCACCAAAAUCUGUCAUAUUAAAGUCGAAUAGAUUUUGUUCUUCUUC